AUGGACGCAAAUAUCCUUUAUGAUUUAUACAAAUCGUUCUGCUGUUAUAAGAGUAUACAAAAAAUAAACCAUUUUGUAAAAGCCAAUAAAGAAAAGAUAAAUCCCGAUGAGUUAAAAAUUAUAAAUGAAAACAAAUUUAUCUCUCAUACGGUUGCCAUUCUAAUGGCAUUAGGUAUACAGGCAUCUUUCUUUAAAUUAGGCAAAAUGAAAUAUUUUAUUUUCAGGCCUUUUUUACCAAACUUUUUUGGAAUAAUAACAUCUUGCUCCUUCCUGUAUAUUCAUAAUUUGUAUCUUAGUCGCAAUACCAUUAGUAAAUUGAUUCAACUAAAUUUAAAACAUUUCAAUAACAAAGGUAUAUGCAGCUUCGUCGACGAAAUGUAUAAAAGGGAAGAACCAAAUGAUUAUUUAAAUUUAACGAAGAAAGUAUUUUAA